AUGAAGCGCCGUUGCUCUCAACGUGGUCAACUUUACAAAGAGAGCAGUCGUGCCAGUGACAGCGUAACGAGUAGUAGUGAAUCGGAUGAUCAUUCAGAUGCCACUGUCGAAACAGAUCUCACCGAGCCUAGCUCUCCUCCACCAGCGAAGAAACAGCGCAGAGCAGACAAACGCUGUUAUACCCAGAAAAUAGCAGCGGACGAUGGUCUAGGGGAACUCUACAAUGAUCCUCUUGAUGAUACUGGUGUGGACCUCUCUGGGAUCCCCGAGGAUUUCGAUAAGGCGAAAGGUACCAUCCAAGGGCGUGAGCGGGUUGAAGACCGCUGGAAACGGUUCUGUGUCAUCAAAGCACAACUAGAGCCCAAUGAGUCCAAAUGGCAGAAACCCGAGGAUGCCCUGCGUCGGUCGUCGAACAAUGACAAGUAUCGAUUCUUGGGGUGGACUCUCAAACUCGACCGAGGAAAGAAUGGCCAGAAAUUAAAACAGAUCCACAAGGCUAGCUCGUUGAUGACGGACUGGAAGAAUCUUCGUCUUUACUACCAAAGGCUUACAAAGACUCAAAUCAACGACCAGGAUAGCAAAGAAAUAUUGGCGGGCAUUAGGUAUCUGGUUUUCGAGAACGGAUUAGAUACUCAGCCUGGAAAGAAGACACCGGUUUAUAUCGAAGAUAUCGCUCCGUUAAACGAGACAAUUCUGUCCACCCAGGAAAAAAAGUUCUACUUGGGCUUGCAACGCAUCCAGGUGUGCCUAUUCAACUCCCUGGCCCUGUUCACUGUUCACCGGCAGAAUGCAUUGUUGUCUCUGCAGUUUAAAGACCUGCAGAUCUCUCUUCAGAAGGAUCCCCAUGGUGGGCCCCCGAUUCUCAAUAUCGAACUAACACCCGAGGGGACGAAAAAGUUCCUUGGAAUAACGAAAUUAACGACAUUUUGUCUCCUCGAAGUGAUCUACGGACCGUCAUUAGUGCUGUGUCCGCAUACACUAUUGUUCGGGAUCCUGUUUUAUGCCAGAGCAUUUCGGAACGGGUUGAGAUCGAAGGCUCAGCUGCGUAAGCUUUUUAUAAGGAAGCGAUGUGAACAACUAGUGAUACCCUUCGACCCAGCAAAGGCCGAUUGGUAUGUCUUUUGUAAGACCGAGUUAGUUGAUGGCGUUCCGACUGCUCAAUGGGAACAAGCCAUGACAAACGCAAUGAUGUCAAGGCUCCUGGUUAUAUUUGGGGAAAUUCAUGGGUGGCUAGGCAUGUUUCAUGCACAUCAAUUCCGGUACGGCAGUGGCAAAAUAAUCAAUGAGAGUGCAGGAUGGGUUAGUAAGGAGCAACAUAUGUUGAUCAUGAAGCACGCUAGCUCCCGAACCUUUCUCGAACAUUAUCAUCCUCUAAGGGUUGACACGGAUAUGAUCCGGAUUAUCUGUGGCCUCGACCCAGACGUGGAACUUAUGCGGGCUGUCUCACGACAAAGUCGCUGGCGAGACACUCGACGCCCACGGUAUCUGACCGACCAGCAGAGAGCACAGAUUGAGGAUCAUCCAGAGUUAGAAGAGGCCCGCUGUAAGCUAAGCAAGGCGCGUGCCCAGUACGAGGAUACUCAGAAGCCUGGCCUGCUUCCCUGUAUUCAGCGACUAGAAAAAGAGGUGAAGAACACGCGAGUACGGCUGUUGAGAGCCCUGCGGCAUAAGGUUCGUGAGAACUUCGAUGAAGAGCAAGCAUUCCUGGAUAUUGAAGCGCAGCUGUCCGGCACUGCAGUCGAGGAAGAGGACGAGGAUAGAUCGCCCUUGGAAGACAACAUGCACCCUCUCCAGUUGUAUCUGGUACAAUGUCUUGUUUCAUAUCCAAUAUCGAACUCACUAGAGGAUGAGUGGAAUCGGCGCGAUACAGGUGCCGACGCAGUCGCGCAGUACUGUGGUGUCUUUGAAGGAGGUCCACGGAGGGGCCGUCCCAAGCGUAAGGCUUCCGACUCUGCUGCAUCGGAUAGUCCCAGCUCUCAGCCCCAUAAAGGGCACAGAGCCCAAAACAGCUUCGACCGAGGUGGCGCACCUGAUUCUACACGCGAUGAGCGAUUACGUAUGAUCAAAGAGCACAUUCAGGAGUCGAAACAACCUCGGCAUUGCUUUCAAUGUUUUGCGGAUGAGAAGCAGCCUGAUGACAUUCGCUUUAAAAAGUUCUAUGAUGGCGGAUGUGUAACAAGACACUUUGACGCCAUUCACCUAGACAAAGGAUCAUUCAAAUGUGAGUGGUGUGAGGUUGUCUUGUUGCAUCGAAUGGCGUUCCAACGCCAUGCCCAGGACGUACACCGCGUGCGCAGUCGCUGGCGUUGCCCAGAACCGGCGAAUCCAUGCGCAUCCUGA